AUGAUAUUCUUCCCACGCCAUUUGUUCCUUUACGUCGCCGUUGCCAUGUCAACCGUGACGGCGGACGAGCUCAUCUCGCUCCUCGGACCCGCGGUAUCACCAACAAUUUCGUCCGACUUCUGGGCUUGCGCCACCGAGAAUAUCGAUCAAUACUUCGAAUACCCCCAGCCAACUGGUGCAGUCAACUCGGCUCUACUUGAUUACGGCGACGAGCUCCUCAAUCGCUGCACACUUACCGGGUUUGAACGACUUGACUGUCCCUUCCCGGAGCAUUCACUGUGGUGCGGCUUCACCAGCGUCGCUCCCUCUACGAUCCUCUCGGAUUACUCCGCCUACGGCAGCCAAGCCUCGGAAUGGUUGGCGCAACACAGUGCGAGCGCGGUCACCGUCGCAGAGGAAUGCCCAUACACCUGGUGGAGGUUCGCCAGCGAUCCCCUUGGAGCGGGAAGGAUGUUAAAUUUUACGAUUGCGAUGGCUCAUUGCUAUGCCAGCGCCCAAGUCACUGGAGAGUCCACUCUUCCGGCGGGUACAACCGGUCCGACAGGUACUACUGGGAAUGGACCCGAGGAGACAUCGCCCGGGGCGGGCGCAGAACGGGAGUCUUCGUCUAGCGAAAAGGGCAUUGAGAUGCGUGUCCCCCACCUCACUAGCGUUGGUCUUACCACCGGUCCGAGACCUAGAUCGUUACCAACCAUGUACGAUGAUGCUGCAUCGAUUGCAGCAGAGAUUACGCGACUGGCUGGAGCGGGCAAGGACGUGGUCAUUAUUGCCCACUCUUAUGGCGGUCGUCCUGCGACUGAGAGCAUCAAGGGUCUCACCAAGACCAAGAGACGUGUCCAGAGAAAGCCAGGAGAGCGCGAGGCGUGGGCAGUCAAGUACCCGACGCACUCCUCGGCCAGCUUUGCGGAUGAGUCGACGCAUGCCGGAUACAAACAUGUCCCAAUAUCCUAUCCUAUCUGUGAAGAGGAUGCGAGCGUCUCCGACAAUGCGCAGAGAAAGGUGACCCAAAUGGUGGAAAAGGAGAGCAGGAACAAGGUCAAUGUCACGUCUAUUCAAGCGGGGGCACGUUCCGGUGUUCAGGGCUUCGCAGAAAGUGAUUGA